AUGUCGCGAAUCGAAGAGCUUCCGGAUGACUUUGAUGAGUCGCUCAACCUGAACGAUGUCCCUCCCGAAAUUAACCAGGGCCUUCCCCAACCCGGCUUCGAUGCCUUUGCACCUGGCAACGAUCUUCCUUUCCCGAUCAAUGAGGAGGGUUUGAAGGCCCUUCAGACUGAUCCUAAUGCGCCUGAUCUCCCACCGGCUAUUGCGGCCGUUCAAUCGCAUUCUAAGGAGGAGUUGUUCAAAAUGAUGAAUCAGACUCCUCUGUUCAUGACCGAUAUUGAGAAUGCGGGUGACGAGAAUGGUGAAAACGUUCUUUUGGACGCUCUGCAGGCUAUGCAGAACGAAGGUACCAAGGCCGAGGUUGCGCAAACCUUCAAGGAACAGGGUAACGAGGCCGUAUCGGAGCUUCGAUGGAUCGAUGCCAAGGAGUUCUAUACCAAGAGUAUUGCUGUUAUCUUUGCCAAGGUGAACAAGUGGGAAAAGCCCGAGGAUCCCAAGGCUGAGGAGGCAUUGUUGCGCAAACUGGAAGAGGUGUCACACAUCAACCGAGCUCUUUGCAAUCUGGAACUAGGAAACUACCGCGCAUGUACCCUCGACUGCGCUGCCGCCCUCAAGGUCAACCCCAGGAACGUAAAGGCCUUCUACCGUUCAUCUAUGGCCCUGUUUAAGCUUGACAAGAUUGCCGAAGCUGAAGAUGCCGCAAACCGUGGUCUGGCUAUCGAUCCCGAAAACAAAUCUCUUAAAACCGCCUCCCAGAAGAUUGCCGAGCGCAAGGCCAACAACAUGGUUCUUAGUACCGCCCUGCGCGCCCGCCAAAUCAGAACUCGCAAGACUGAGCAACCACCGGAUAUGGAAGACGCUAAGAUCCGACUCGUCCCCGACCCUCUAUCACCGGAGAGCACUGUCGAGUUCCCCGCUGUUUUCCUGUAUCCCAUGGAGGCGCAGUCUGACUUUAUCAAGUCGUUCUCUGAGAUGAACUCUAUUACCGAUCACCUGGAGUACCUUUUCCCUCUGCCUUGGGAUACGAAGAAGGAAUACAACAUCAACAAUGUCGAGUGCUUCAUGCAGACUGUCACUGGUGGUCUGAUCAAGGCUGGCAAGAAGCUGCCUUUGCUUCAGAUCCUCUCUGGUGGCAAGGUCGAGGUUGUGGAUGAGCUUGUCAGCAUCUUCAUUGUGCCUCUCUCAAAGACCGGCAAGUUUAUUGCAGAGAUGAAGGCUCGUAAAACGGGCUGA